AUGACUGGUAAGCGGAUCACUGAAAAACGAAUGGCGUUAAAACAACUAUCAAAGCGAAACGUCCCGCUGAGAAGACGCAAUUCCGUCUCAAGCGGUCUAAACGACAAUGGGAUGCAAGUUGCUGGCAGGUCGACUAGUGGCGUAGUGACAAUGAGACGUGGUCGUCGGUCGAAGAGUCGCCGGAGACGUAGCCGGUCGCGGUCUGGUCGCCGACGCAUGAGGAGACGUGGAGUCAACGGUACCGCCGAGACCAGUGAAGAUGACGACGACGCGACCACGGACGACGACGACGACGACUCGUCAACGGUCGACGCGUCGUCUCGACGGAGACGGGGGAGUAGACGCCGGAGGAGACGGUAUGGGGGCCGACGACGCCGUCGUCAGUAUCUGUCCAGUGGCGGAAAUGAUGAUGACGAUACAGAUUACACCGACGCAGGGACCACCGACGAAGAAACCACCGAAAACUCUUCGUCGUCCAGCGGCGGUGGCGCCGUCGGCAGUGCCCUCACAAUGGCGGCCAGCAAUUGCCGGAAUCCUUGUAGCAGCACCCGAAAGAGGAGGAGGAGGAGAAGGAGGUCCUCGAGCAGGCGGUCUGUGGGGUGUACGAGAAGAAGGAGAAGGAGAAGGUCCAGACGGUCUACGGGGUGCAAGAGGAGGAAGAGGAAAAGUAGUGGUUGCUGCAGUGUUUUCUCGCUCCGAGAGUCCACCGUCUGUGAAACGUCGAACAACUUGCAACCAGAGACCAGUGGAACCAAUAAUAAUAGGAGCACUGAUCCUGACAUGGUCGCCAUGACUCGGAGGGAUUCCCGGAGAUCGCGCUCGGCGUCACGUACGAGCUCCUUCUAA